CGAAACGAAUAAGUGCAAACGACGCGAACUGCAAAUCGGAGUUCCGAAUUUGAAAACUUACUACAAUAUACAAAUAAAUAAGUUGUAAUUACAAACAAAUUCAAAAUGAAUUGUGUUGCAGGAUUAUUAAAUUUUAUAUUAUAUUGUGUAAAUGUGGUGUUUUUGGUUGUGGGCAUAUUGCUGAUUGUGCUCGGAUCCAUAAUGAUAUCGCAUAUUACUUCCUAUGCAAGCAAUGCGGAUCAGCUUUGGAACACCGAUGCCAUACCCAUAUGUGUGCUGGUGCUGGGCUGCCUGAUCUUUAUAGUCUCCUUCAUUGGCUGUUGUGGCGUUUGGCGUCAGAGCGCCUGUAUGACGGGAACGUAUUCCUUGAUGAUGUUCCUGCUGUUUGUGCUACAAUUGGUACUUACCUGCUGGGUGGCCGUUAAUCGGGAUUCGUUCCUACAGGACAUGUCACAGCUGGUGAAUACCAUUUGGACAGAGACGCUGAAUUCUUCAGAUAACAUGCCCAUGGGCGCCUUGGAACUUACCUUUGAUUGCUGCGGAGACAGCGGCUACCAGGAUUACUCAAAUACUCAGAUUGUGCCCGGUACUUGCUGUGGUUAUACUAAUGCUAACGCAGCCUGUCCUGCCAGCAUAUACACAAUGCGUCCUGGCUGUAAUGCCAAAUUUGUGUCCUUCUGGAGUGACAACACAAACCUCAUACGCUGGGCAGGCCUGGGCAUCUGUAUUUACGAGUUCAUUGUAUUUUUCCUCGCGGGUAUUCUUGCCAAGUGCAUGCGAGAUGGACGAGGCAGAAAUAUCUCUUAAAAUCUUAAAAUACAAAAAAAAAAAAAAAUAAUAAUAUAUAUAUUAUAUAUAUAUUACUAUAAGCCAUUCUGUACUUUUGAAAUAAUACAAAGAAAAUAAAAAUGAGAGACUUAA